AUGGUGCACAUUUUGGGUAUCAAGCUCAACGACGCCCAUCGCGCCAGGUUUGCCCUAACAAAAAUCUAUGGCGUCGGCCACGACAUCGCUCAUCGCCUCUGUGCGAGAUUCCAAAUCCAUGACCAAAUGAAAAUUGGCGACCUUACACCCUUCCAAGUCACUUCUUUGGCAUCGUUCUUAUCGUCACCACAUACUGCCCCUCCAGUGCCUCAUUUCCCAUUAGCCUCUCCUGGCUUUGUCCCUCCAUCCACCUCGACACCUCUGCAAACGCUGCAGGCCGAGUUCAAGGCCAGGAGAGAGCAGCAGCCAGCUAAACAACGGUACUGGGCAGAGAGGUAUGGAAAAGUGCGAGAGGAGCCCCGAGAUCCGCUCAACAGCUUGAAGAUCGAGUCAGAGCUGAGGAGGGAGAUCAGAGAAAACAUCCAACAUCACAGGAUGAUUGGUAGCUGGGUUGGAAAGAGACACGCAAUGCGGCUGCCCGUUAGAGGCCAGAGGACCAAAUCGAAUGCGAAGAACGCGAAGAAACUUAACCAUAUUGGCCGUUAUUCAUAA